CACACUGCUUUAAAUGUUGCGCUGCAUCCUGCGAUGAACAACAUUAGGAGGACCUGACCGAGGACAGGACAAGAGAACAGGCUGGUCGCACCUCUGGCAAGGUGAGAGCCGACUGGUGGACUCAGCAUGGAGAGGUGCUUGAGCGACCCACCGGAUGGCGGCUAUGGCUGGGUCGUGGUCACCUCGGCCUUCUUCAUCAUGGGCCUCACCGCUGCUGUUUUUAAAAACUUUGGUCUGUUUUUCCUUGAAAUCCAAAGUCACUAUGAUGUCCUUAACAGUACUACCUCAUGGGUGACCUCAAGCACUAUUGCUGUGUUUCAUUUAGGAGCUCCUCUGGCCAGUGCUCUCAGUAUGCGCCUGUCCCAGCGCGCUGUUAUCAUAAUCGGAGGGCUUCUGGCUACCUCGGGAAUGAUUAUCGCCUCUUUGGACCUCAGCCUGCCUUGGAUGUAUCUGUCUAUUGGUGUACUCCAAGGACUUGGCGUCUCAUUUUCUUGGAUACCAGCUAACAGCAUGGUCAGCCAUUAUUUCAGACGCUGGCGUCCCAUUGCCUAUGCGAUUGCUAGUUCUGGAGAGUGUGUCUUUGCCAUGGGAUUCAGCCCAUUUUUCCAGUGGCUUAUCGACAGCUAUUCUUGGCAGGGGGCUUUACUCAUUAUCGGUGGUCUUCAGCUGAAUCUGUGUGUUUGUGGUGCUCUGAUGAAACCCCUCCCAGCUGCACAAACCUCCAUCCAAGACAAACUGGUGCUGGAAGAAAGCAGGACAUCAAAAAAAGGCACUUUCCAGUGGUCCCUUCUGCAGAGGCCUGAGCUGCUGCUAUAUAUUGUGUUUGCCAUCUUAGCGGCGACGGGUUUCUUCAUCCCACCCCUGUUUCUGGUGCCCUAUGCCAGCAGUUUGGGCAUGGAGCAGUACUGGGCGGCCUCGGUUCUGUCAGUGCUGGCAUUGGCAGACCUGCUGGGCAGACUAGCAUGCGGGUGGCUGGCUAACCUGCGGCUCGUGAGAAACCUGAAGCUGUUGACCAUGGUGGUCACUGCGCUGGGGGUGGUGCUGCUUCUGCUUCCCAUUGCACAGAGCUACUGGAGUAUCCUGGUCUUUGUCUCACUCUAUGGCUUCCUGUUCGGCUGCGUGGUGGCCAUCCAUGUGACAACUAUUGUGGAUAUUGUUGGACUGAAGGGCUUUGACAGCGCUCUAGGGCUCUUCAUGCUGUUACGGAGCUCUGGAGGAUUUGUGGGUCCACCUGCUGCAGGCUGGCUGGUGGACUGGACUCAUGACUUCAGUGCUAGUUUCUACUUAUCUGGCCUCUGCCUUGUUCUGUCUGGGGUUUUCGUGGUGCUUGUUGACCGGCUGGUGAAAAAGAAAAAACUCAAACUACCAGAUUCAUGCACUGAGUCUGAGACUACAGAUCAUCCAAUACUAAAAGCGGACUGUGCAGAUGUUUAAAAGCCACUUAAGAUAAUAUUCCAGUGUUUUACUUUUGUUAUAUUAUGAACUUUGUUUAUUUAAAGCCAUAUUAUUAUUAAUGUUUUUACUUUUCAAAAAAGCAAUAGGCAUUUUAGUAUCUCAACCUCUCACCCUAUAACUUCCAGACAGAGAGAUGUUAGUUAAGACUGUGACACCAUUGUAGCCACUUUUCAAGCCACUAAAAGUUUGCAGACAGUGACAAGAAAUGUCAUUCAGAACGUUUUUCUGCCCUUAGAAAUAAUUAAAGAAGCACGGCAGAGUGCAGAUGCAGCUGCUUAUUAUUUAAUCACUCACAGAACAAUCAUUCAUGUAUGACUAUUUUACAGUAUCUGAAAGCAAUAUAAAUAGUCUGAUUUGUCUGUUUGUGUGCAUUGUCGAUACUACAAAUUACAUGUGCAUAUAAGCUACAUACAGUGGCUCCAAAAAAGUGAAGUGGCAUCUGCAAACAAGUAAGAUCCUUAUCAUAGUCUUGAGGUAAUUUUUUAUCCAUUGUUUUAUUUAAAAUGUUACAAACUUCUUUCUGUUAAGUGUACUUGUACUGUAUUAAAAUACAUUUGUUUUCAUACACUUUUAACUGAUGCAAUUACAUUCAUUAGUGCCCAAAUACUUUUUGGGGCUACUGUAUUGUUUCAGAAACCCACAAAGAACAAAGCCAUGAGAUUAGUUCAUUGUUUUUAUAAGGUGUUGAGGAAGUGGAUUUGGUUACAUCACUAUUUAAAUAAGUCUUGUUUUUCAUAAUACCACAUUUCUCUGAGUUUGUCGAGCAGUUCCUGUCUACUCUGUAGCCUAUAUGUGGUGUACACGCACACACACGCAGCCUUGGAAUCACAAAGAUGACUUAGAAAUGAAGAAAUCCGCUUAUAUGGACAAAGCUGACAAAUGCGUUUUACAAAGAAUUUGCCACCCUUGAACCUCAAAAUAACAGCCAGCCAAAUAAUUUUGUGCACUGAACUCAUGUUCCAGAAUUCUGUUCAAUGUUCAGGUUUAUGAAAAACACACACAGACACACUAUAUACUGUUUAUAUCACAUCUGACGAUUUUAUUAAUUUACUUCUAUUGUCAAACAGUUUGUUUCUGAUAUAAAUGUGCCAUAUAUGGUGGAAUCCUGUUAUUUAAUGUAAUAGCAUUUCAGUUUGUUAGAACUUCCCCAAACACGUGUACCAAAGAUAAACAGCUGUGUUUUACUUUGGUUUAUUGUGUAAGUCAUGUCAUAGUUUGCAGAGAUGGAUUUGCCUGUUUAUGUGCGGUGUGUCUGAAUUUGUGGUGAUGACAAGACUGUGCCUUAAUUGCAAGCGACAAUCGGGGAACUACUAUUUAUUUUAAUGUUCCCUUUGAGUUGCAAUAAAUUUGUUAGCAGUAGAAAAAUAAUUUUUAGGUCAAUCAGAUCAGAUUUAUUUCUGAAUGGCAUCUGUGAGUGGAAUAAAGGUCAUUGGUUCAGACAUUUGUUCAGAACUUUAAUUACAUGCAAGAAUUAUAUUGUUGACAGCCACUUGUUUUUUUAUAUAGGCAUAUUUGAGGCAUUUGAAAAGCUCUUUUCACAUCUGUGAAACAUUUUCCUGUAAAAUAAAAAAAUUAUAGUCUAGUAAGCACCACCAAACACUGGCACGUUACCUAUAAUGGUAGUCAACCGAAGCACUCCAAAAACACACAGUGGCCGUUUACACUGAGAAUUGUCGAAAAUAAUUUGUGAGUCCAGUGAUUAUCAUCAGCUUGUAUUGUACUUGGGUGAUUCUAUAAUUGGAGAUGCAUUUGUCAUUUCAUAAAGUUAA